UCGGCACGGGAGCGUUUCGUUGGCCGGCGCAGUUCUCCCUCCGGGUUUAGUUUGUUCUAUUUAUUUGCGCUACGCAAACCUAUUAGAACAUCGAAGACCAGAUCUAGGGUUUCCUAGCCAAGCUCAGAGCGCUACCGGCGGCGGUUGCCCUUGCCGUCCCCGUGCUGUGUGGUCGUGUGGGAGAAGCCGAGCCGCGGAGGGAGGGUGUUUGGCAGGAUGAGCGGCCGUAAAGGUGACGACAAGGUUAGUAUGAGCAACAAGGACUCGAAAGAGGAGAAUCUGCUGGCCGAGCUGACUUCGAAUCGGGAGUGGAGGAGGGAGUUGUUGGCGGAGACGAAGAUUUGGAAGGAUUGGGAGCUUCAUGGUCCGUGUUCUGAAGAAGCCUAUAGUAGUUAUAUUUCGAGUCGUUAUGGGGACAGGGGCGGUCAGGUGGGUUUAUGCGAUAUCAAGGCGUCGAAUCGGAUCGAAGAACCCGCAAAAAAAAAGAAUCGGAUGGAAGAAGAUGUCCUGAGUUUCGGGGCGCCGAGUAAGAUGGAAGAAGAUGCCCUGAGUUUCGGGGAGCCGAGUGAGAUGGAUGAAGAUGCCCUGAAUUUCAAGGCGCCAGGGAAGACGGAGCUGGCAUCCUUCAUUUGUUUGGGUGGUGAGUUGUGGCAGACCGGGGAGCCAGAGUCUCUAGAGUCUGAGGUGCCGCUCAGGAGGAUGGAAGUCGAGAAAGAGGGGCACUCGGAGGAGCAUGAGACACCAGAACUUGAGGUGAUUGGGCCAAAUGACCAGGCACACUGGAUGACUGUUCGCCAGUUUCGCUGUUCCUGGAACGAACUAUGGUCUGGCCUCUACGGUUCAUUUGAGGACACCACCAAGAUCCCCUCCAUGCGUUUCACAAACAAACCUGUGGAGGAGUUUCCUGCCUACAUGGAUACUCUACAGAUCUUCUCAGUGAAACUUGCUGCAACAAGAGGGGCCUUACAGUUGCCGCUUGAUGUGUUUGGUAUGGUUGCCAUUCGCGACCCAGUUGAUCACAAUCGCAAUAUUAUCUUCCACCGCAAAAGAGAGAACUGCCAAACCCUCACCGAAAAGGAUCCAUAUUUGGUACUGGCAGGUCCUACCCGUGCUGUUAUGUUUGCAUUGAAUCCUGCGAUCAUCGAGGUCGACCUUCAAAUAAAGGGUGCUACCGAGUCUGAGGAUGAGCAGCUGAGCUUCCUAGUUUCGCCAUUAAGACGCUUUGCCACCAGAUAUUCGCACCUAUUCAACUGUUCUUACACUAGCAAGCUUAGCACACUGGAGUUUAAGCUUGGCCACAUUGCUUUCUCUGUGGAGGCCACAAUAUUUGUGCGUGUUGUUCGUGGGUCAUGGCCAGAUUGUUAUCGUGGUCAAUUCAAUGCCUUCACUACUGGUUUCACUGACAGAUGCCCCAUGCCUGUUGGCAACAAACUCUCCACUGGAACUAGUCGUGAGACAAUCCUCUUGCUUGAUUCUGGAGGUGAGAAAUUGCCUGUUGAUGGCAAUAGCAAGAUCAAAUUUUCAAGGCGUGUUGUUUCUGUUGAAUGUGUUGGGAAGGUGACAAUUAAGGUCAAUGUAUUGGAAGGUGAAACUGAAAUUGUGGAAAAAGCAGCUAGUUUUGACGCAUUAGAAGCUGGUAAAAGUGUUGAUUGGAUUGAUGUUACCUUCUGUAAAAUGGAAGUCACCGUUUUCUGGUCGACCAUUUCAUGUUAUCCUAUGUGAGAAGCUGACAAUUGGGAAGGCGACAGCAGUGCUGUGUAAGAUUAAUUGGUUUAUUUGCCUUGGGAAGCCGAUGGUACCAAUGCAUUCCACUGCUGUUGAUGCGCUUUUGGAAGUAAUAUUUAUUAGUCGUGGCUUUUACUGGAUUUGUUCCGAAGGGUUUUUUUUCUGAUAACCAUAGCGAUUGCACUCUGACGGCGUUGAGUCCGAGCAAAGCUCCGCCGCCGGGGCCCAAGUCCGGUACAGCCGCUUCGAGGCGCAGCUGCGGGCGCUCCAAGCGGAUCCGGCCACCUUCACCGCCGAUCCCGAGGACGCAGAGGACUUCGCGGCUUGGAGUGAAGGGUUUAGUUUGGAUGAGAGGAAGGACGAGAUCGAGGCCUUGUGCUACGAUAGCGACGCGCUGGAAGCCAUGGUCGACAGGCUAGUGCCAGACACAGUGGAGAGCGAGGUGUUCUGGGCGAGGUACUUCUACCGUGUCCAUAGGCUGAAGCAGCAGGAGGACGCGAGGGCGAAGCUGGUGCAGCGUGUGAUCGCUCAGGAGGAAGACGAGGAUUUGAGCUGGGAAGUGGAUGAUGAGGAUGAGGAGGAAGAGCAGGAGAAAGAGGAUGCAAAAGAGCCAGCAGCAAGGCAACAAGAGGCGACCAAAGAAGAAGUGCAGCAUGAAGUGGAAGCAAAGGAAAAUGAGAGAGUCCUGGAAGAAUCGGCUGCUUUGGAGGGGGAACAGACGAAUGCUGAUGAGCCCCAGCCAGUGGUUUUUAGGUAGCUCUUUGGUGGUAGUGGACGAGAAGGAGGUACCAAAGAACACUGAUGAGCCACAACCCACAACCAGUGGUUAUUGGUAGCUCUCUGGUGGUAGUGAAUGAGGAAGAGAAGGAAGGGCACUCCAAGUCGAAUGCUGAAGAAUCAGGUGACAAGAAAGAAGCAGCAAAGCAUGAGACCAGUGAUUCAAGCAAGGAUAGUGAUUACUCCAUAGUGUCUAGACAACGAACAAUGGAGGAAGAGGAUCUUGAAUGGGAUGAGAUUGAGGAUCUUGGAGAGCAUGAAGAAAAGAAGGGUAGCACCCACGACCCAAGCCCUGCUCAGAAGGAGUUGAGAAAGAGGCUGAGUGUAGCUGAAGAUGAUGAGGACUUGAGUUGGGAUAUCGAGGAUGAUGAUGAUAAGUCUUGAGUACUCAUGAAUGCUGGUAUGGAAGUGUCAAUUGUAUUUCUACAUUUCUUACUUUUCAUUACUCACAAAAGCCAAUAAAUAUUGGUUAAUUGCUCUGCUUAUGCUAUGGAUACGUGUGUAAACUGUAAACUCUCUAGUUCGAUGAUGUCAAGUGAAAGUGUCAAUCUAUUCGGUUGUCUCUGGGUAUUGUAAAUAUGUUGUUUACUUGUUUUAUUGUUGUUUGGAAAUGUACAUUGUCCGUGCCAGAAUUUGGAACA